AUGUCCCAAGAGAAGGAUAUCAGACUCGCUCUGGCAAAAUUAGUGAUUACAGCCGUGAACAAGGUUUACGGAGUUGAUAUCAGUUCCAUGGAGAACGAUAUUGAAGCCAAAUUAGAAUUACCAAAGGAAUACGAUAUGGAGCAUAAUAUCGCCUUCCCUUGUUUUGCUCUGGGAAAGCCUUUAACUCCAAAAAAGCCAAAAGAAGUCAAAUUCAAUGAUUUUAUUUUCCAAAUUGCUUCCGAGUUGACCAAUGAGAUUAACACAAACUUGUUAUCAACAAAUAACACAAUAGUAGAAAAGUGCAAGAACGAAGGCCCAUAUAUUAACUUUUAUUAUUUGCCAUCAUUGUUGGGUAGUACUAUUCCAGAAAUUCUUUCUGGAUCUUUCCUUGCUCAAAGACCACACAAGAAUGAAAAUGUCAUGAUUGAAUACUCACAACCAAAUACUCACAAGACUUUCCACGUUGGUCACAUGAGAAACGCAGCACUUGGAAACUCUCUUGUCUUGUUGUACGAAUGGUGUGGUUAUCAUGUCCAUGCUGUCAAUUACAUUGGUGAUGUUGGUGCUCACAUUGCCAAGUGCUUGUGGUAUUUCCUCUAUUUUGUUAAGAAGACUACUUUGGAGGAAUUUGAAGCACAAGAACUUGGAAGAGAACAAAUUAUUGAAAUGUUAGAAUCAGCAAGACCACAAGACAUACCUCAUGUUGAAUGGUUAGGAGAACUUUAUACUAAAGGAUUUUAUGAAUUAGAUUUUGCAUCUUGGACCAAGUAUCCAUUGAUGGGAUAUAUUACUGCAAAGAUUGAAGAAAUCAAUAACCAUCCUUCCAAUGACAAGUGGAAAGUUUUGAAAGUUACCAAUGGAACUGAACACUUUACAGUGGUUUGUGGUGGUAAGGACUAUAAAGUGAACGAUGUUGUCCCAUAUGCUCCACUUGGAAGUAAGAAGGGAGCCAGACUUGUGACUGAAGUUGAUAAACAAGGUGUCACUUCUCAAGGUUUUAUUUUAAGUGAAGCUGAGCUUGAGACGAGUGAAAAUAAGGAAAAGAUUCAUGUCUUUCCAGCGGAUACUCCUGUCGGUAUUGAACUUACUGAAUUGGGAAGAAAUGCUGAAAAUGUAGAUCCUAACAUUACCAACAUUACUCAAGAAAUGAAAAAGAGAGAAGCUCAAGUCAAGUCCUUAUUGAGAGCCAUGGAAGAUCAUCAAAAGAAUAUUUCCAUGUUGUGGGAGAUUACCAGACAAUGGUCCAUUGAUGACUUUAAAGAAAUUUACAAGUGGAGUGAUUGUCGAUUUGAUCACUACUUCCAUGAAUCCGAUGUUGGUGAUGAGAGUAAGGAAAUUGUUCUCAAGGCCUAUGAAGAAGGUAAAUUGAUCAAAUCGGAUGGUGCCAUUGGUGCAGAUUUGGGUAAACAACUCGGAUUUUGUGUCUUGUUGACCUCCGCAGGAACUGGUUUAUAUGCUACCAAGGAUUUGGCUCUUGCCAAGAGAAAGUUUGAAGAGUUCAAAGUCGAUCGAAGUGUCUAUGUGGUGGAUGUGAGUCAAAGCCUACACUUCCAACAAGUAUUCAAGACUUUGGAAAUUCUUGGAUUUGAGCAAGCAAAGAAAUGUAAACACUUGGCUUAUGGUAUGGUGGUUUUACCGGAUGGUAAAAUGAGUAGUAGAAAGGGUAACAUUAUUUACUUUAGCACACUUCAGAAAUUACUCACAGAAAAGAUUUAUCAAGAUUUCAUGGUCAAGUAUAAGGGAGUAUGGUCAGAUGAAGAAAUUAAUGAAACGACUAGAAAAAUUGCCAUUAGUGCCAUCAAGUAUGGCAUGUUGAAUCAAGACAACAAUAAGGAUAUUGUUUUUGAUUUGAAAGAAUGGGCAUCCAAAUCUGGUAAUACUGGUCCUUAUCUCAUGUAUGCCUAUGCUCGUGCUAAAUCGACACUUGAGAAGGUUGGUUUAGUGAAAGAUGCUCCAAUCGACUAUGGUUUACUCUCUCAUGAAUCUGAGAAGAAGCUUUUGUCGACCAUUCGUCAAUUUUCUGCCGUGGUUGAGAGAGCUGCAGAACAAUACAAACCACAAUUGCUUUGCAUUUUCCUUUACACCCUUUGCAAGCAAUUCAGUAAGAUGUAUGAAGCUGUUUCAAUCAAGAAUGCUGAAACUGAGAUUCUCAAGCAAACCAGACUCAGACUCGUUUCUGCAUUUAGUGAAGUUCUCAAGCAUGGUCUUGCAUUGCUUGGUAUUACUACUGCUGAAAGAAUGUAA